CACAAAUGAAGGGAUGAUCAGCAGCCUCAACAACUCAAGCAGCAGAUACCAAAGGAGAGCAAAAACCAAACCCUGUAGGAACCUCAACCCUUUACUUGCAGCCUGCCUGUACUGAAUUCAUCUCCUUGUACCCUGCAAAAGAAGAAAGGCACACAGGGUGCUUUUAUAACCCUACUUCCAGCGUUAGGAGCAAAGCCCCACACCUGUGCCAAGGCAGCCUGUUGCCAUUUUGCAUGCAUUCAGGGCAGUAAUGCUUAUUGCACAUAGCUGAGCCCCCUGCUUCUAUCUCUGUUAGUGAUGGGACCGCAGGGAAUGGGCAAAACAGGGUCUGGAGCCCCAUCUGUGCCAGGGGGUAUUUGCAGCACUGUGCAGAAGCUGGUAAUACUGCACUUACUUUUUAGAAGCAGUAAUUUGCUUUUAAGACCCCAGAGAGGCUUUGGCUCUUGGGAGACUUUCCUUUGUUUAUGUCACAGGAUCAUUCAGGUUAAAAAAGACAGCUAAGAUUCCCAAUCCAACCUCAGCUCACCCCACUGUGCCCACAGCCCUCAGUGCCACAUUCUCACAGUUAUGGAACACCUGCAGGGAUGGUGACCCCAGCACUCCCUGGGCAGCUGUGCCAGUGCUCUGAUGGAAAGGGAACAACAUUUAUCAUCCCAGCAAGGAAUAAAGGGAUGUGAAAACGCUCAGGGUUUCUGCAAGGUUCCUUCUGAACCCGCAGGGCUCAUGGUCUGAAUGACUAUUUGCUGCAGCAAUGUGUGGAAUGAAGGCUCCAGGCAGGGAAGGGAGAAGGCCACAGGUGAGCUGGUGGGAGCUGCUCGCAUCCUGGGCUGCUGCUGCUUGUGACUCCCCCUGAAUGCUGCCAAUGUGUAAACAAGGCAGCAGCCCAGCAGAUCCGAGGGGAGGGCCGUUGCCUGCUGCUGAUUUCUGAGUGCUCAUAAUUGUACGGGAUGGGGGAAAUCACCUCAGCUGAGGCUGAGUGGGAUGGUGGAGACGUGCACAGUAGCAGCAAAAAGCCAUCGGUCCCUGAGCACGACGAGCUCCCAGUGCAGGAAACCAGACUCUGGAUAAUCCCUUCUGUCCCCGAUCCCCGUGGGAAAUAGCCAUGGGGCCCCCCAGGGCUGGACACGGGCCCCCAACCCGAACAUGUCCCAACAGGGGUAUGGCACUGCUGUUGUGCCGUGCAGACGCGCAGCUUCGCUCUCGAGCAUCCGAGUGGCCAUAAUUCCCCGGAAGGGGAUGGUAAUGAAUCAGCGUCGCCCCGGAACGAAGAAGAGGGGGAGAAAUAUGAGCGUGCCCUGCCUUCCUCUGCCCGUGCCCUGCGUGCUCGCGCUGUGCGGGGCCCCGGAGGGCGAGCGUGAUGCCCUGCGGCGGCUGAAGGCACGGGGGAUCCAGGGGGGAGCCAGGGAGGGGCACGGGGACAGGCAGAGCCCAGCGCUGCUGCGCCCAUGGGGCUGGGGGCCUGGCUGCGCUCGCUUGGCGGCUGCUGCGGCUGCUGCAGCGGGGAGGCAGCAGCCCCUGAGAAGGAGCCGCUGCUCAGCAACAACAACCCGUAUGCUUCCUUUGGGGCCACGCUGGCACGGGAUGAGGAGCAGAACCUGUGGAGCACCCCACAUGACGUGACCCACACAGAGGCAGAUGACGACCGAGUGCUGUACAACAUGAUUGUGGGCCGGAGCCAGCUGGACAAGGACUCCGAGGAAUGGCAGAAGCUCAACUACGAUAUUUAUACCUUACGGCAAACACGGAAAGAAGUGAGAAGCAGGUGGAAGCACAUUUUGGAGGAUUUAGGUUUCCAGAAGGAAGCUGACUCCCUCUUGUCAGUGACCAAACUCAGCAUUGUCAGCGACUCUCAGAACAUGAGCAAAGCCCGGGACAUCCUGCUAAAGCUUUCUGAAGAGACAAACAUCUUCCCAACCAGCUGGGAGCUGUCUGAGCGUUACCUCUUUGUGGUGGACCGGCUGAUCGCUCUGGAUGCUGCGGAUGAAUUCUUCAAGCUGGCCAGUGUGGUCUACCCAAAAAGAGCCAGUAUGGAAAGAGUGGAUGAGAAGCACACCCCUGCCACGACGCCUUGAGGAGCAUGGGGACAGUGGGUUUAACUUCCCUUGGGACCAGGCUCCUGUGCCAAGGGGCUGCAGCAUGGGUAGUGCUGUUCCCUGUUUCCCUGCCCAGGAGUGGGCUGGCGAUGCCCCACAGGGAAGGCAUGGGAAUUCAGUCCAUCACAGUGUAGGGUAUGUUGUGUAGGGUAUGCAAAUAGGCACAGGGAAACCCUGCACCAGUAGCUGCAAACGAUGUCCCUAAUGACAGCACUGCGAGGACGUCCACCUUGUCACCUCCCAUGGGACCUUCGCCUCCCUCAGCCCUCGCAGCCAGGAAGGAAAAAUACCUCGCUCACCUGCAACCUCGUGACAUUUCUCUGUGCAACAGUCCCAUUCUUUGUCCCCAGUGGGUUGGCCCAGCAGCUCCCAGGACAGGACUGACAUCAGCAUCCUGGCUUUGUUGGGUGCCGGGUCCCCAGCGAUGGGCAUCUGGAGGAACUCAUGUCAAGGGAUGCUCAGUCCAGCACUGUGAACAAAGGUGCAUUUCAGCAAGGCUCCGUGGUUGGACCUGCUGAGAAAUAUUCCUCCUGUAAUGCCCUCGGAUUGAUCACACCAACGUCUUCCUCCAUUUCCAAACGUCCAAGUCUUAACUGCAAUAAUAAAAAGCACCACAAAGUUGGUGAUCCGUGUAUAUGGUCAGUGCUGUUAAUGAAGAUUUUUAAUGAACACCCUUUGUAUCUUUGUUUUUGUAUGUGUGUGUGUCUGUGUCUGAUAGCGAGCAAUAAUUUGAAAACACUGGAUUUGCUCAUUUGACAACAAGUGGAAGUUCAUCACUGGUUAACACGUUUGCUGCUAAUGGAUCAGUUGAAAAUGCUGGUUACAAAGGACCUCCCAAAAGAGCAAAAUAGAGCUUUUAUCUGUUUAUAUCUACAGAGUUUGAUAUAUAUAUAUAUAUUUAUGAAAUGUUUCUGUUUGUCUGUCUUCCUGGGAAAUAUUUUUUGUCAGCUCUGGACAUUGAUGAAACCUGAAUUCAAUAAACAAAACCUAGCUUGAAACCAAGGCUUCUUACUCUCUGUGACCCCACUGGGGCAACUACAUUUAUUUCAGCUGCUGAUAGCAAAAGGGCUGAGCUACUUCCAGAUCAUGGGCUUCUGCAAGCUGUUCUCCAUACCUUUACACAGCUUGCUGGUUGACUUGCAGGUAAAGGUCAUUUUCCAGCCUAAGACCAAAGCC